AUGCCACGAGGCUCAUCUAGAACAAACAUUAGUGCUGGUUCAUUUGAGGCUUUUCUUCAAGGCUGGCUACGACGCCAAGAAGAAUUCUUGAAUGAACUUACUACAGCCCAAAACACACUAGACGAGUCAUCACAAAAUGUUAUGAGACACCUUAUAUCUCGUGUUCUAGUACAUUAUCAAGAAUUCUUUGAGGAAAAAUCAAGAAUGUCACAUAGAAAUGUGUUCUAUAUGUUUUCCCCUGCAUGGUUUACUCCAAUAGAAAAAAGUUUUUUAUGGAUUGCAGGGUUUAAACCAGGGUUAGAAUUUUCACUUGUUAUGAAUUCCGUUAAUGAUUUGAGUGAAAAUCAAGUUGAGAGACUCAAUAGGUUGAGAGUUGAAACAAUGGUUGAAGAGAAGGACCUUAUGGACAAGUUGGCUAAAAUUCAAGAAAGUGUUGCUGCCCCGCCCUUGAUGGGACUCACACAACAGCUCGAAAUUGAACAACUCCGAGACGGAGAAAUCAUAGAAGUGAAUGAGGAGAUAGAAAUACUAAGAACAGCUGUGGAGAAUGUGGUGACAGAUGAAGAUAGGUUGAGGACAAAAACAGCAGAUAGUGUGAUGGGAAUACUAAGCCCUUUCCUGAGUUUGAAGUUUUUGGCAGCUGCUGCACAACUUCAGCUUAGAGUAAGGAUGGUUGGAACACAGAGAGAAGAAGAGAGGAGGCAUCAAACGGAUACUUGGAAUGGUUGGUAGAUUUCAUUUGAUUUUUGGCUUUAUUAAGACUUGUUUGAUGAUAUA